AUGAAUUCCUGUCCUCGUACCAUUUUUGAUCAAUCAUUAAGUGUUCCAUCAAAUUGUAAAUAUGAAAAAAUGCAUAUUUUUGAUAAUUGUAACUAUGAUUAUGCUGUUAAAUUAAUUAAUCAUAUAACUAAACGAACAUAUAAUGAUGAACAAAUGUGGUCAAAAUUGGCCUCACUAUUAUAUAUUCCUGAAGGUUCAAUAAAACUUGAAUGUUAUGACAGAGAUAAUAAUGUUCAACAAUGUUUACUUGUUGACAAUGUUUGUCAUGUGAUUAUGAAUAAUAAUCUUACAAUACAAAAACAAUGUACUAAUCACUCCGCUCCACUUGAUGUUAGUUAUUUCAAAACUGAAGAAAAUCCGCCAGUUUCACACCAUCCGAAGUAUAAUACAAUUACUUAUGUGUGUAAUAAACCAUUGUGUAAGAUGCACUUGGUGGUGGUAUUUCAAAUUACCAAUGCAAUUAAGAAACUGCAUAAUUAUCUCAAUUAUUUUAAAGACUUUGCAGCAAAUUUGAAAAAGCAAACAGGUGAAGAGCUACCAAUUAAUUAUAACGUACAAAUGCAAGAUGAUCUAAAUUACACGCGAGGUUUGGUGGCCAUAAGUCCUCAUAUCGACAAACGUGUUCCACCUGGUACCAUUUUUAGUACGCCAGAAGUUCUCGAAUCGAUCAAUGCAGAAAAGGUUUUUGAGGAAGAAAUUCAAGUAUACGGUCCACUUAGAUAUGGAGUAGCUGUGCCGUUCACUGAAGCAAAUGGACAACAAGUGUUUUACAUUACCGCAAUACGAUCGAGUUCAAAGCUAGCGACAACAACAAGAUUUGCCAUUGGACAAUUCAUUGGUUAUAUUCAUCAUUUUUACACUCUUUUACCCAAGAAUAAAGAAAAUGUAUUGACAUACUUUGUCAAAUCAAGUUCAACACUAGAAUGGGUUCGUACAUUAACAACUGUCAAAGAUGAAAAUGAUAAUUAUGCGACAGGAACAACGCUAACAAAUGCAGCUGUGAUCAAAAAGGGGAAAAGGGGAAAAACAUUUGAAGGAGUUGUUACAUUAUUUGGCCGAAACUAUAGUGCAGUGUAUAAACCAUUUUUUUUAUUUCAUGCGAAGGUUUUACUGUUUAGUACUACGUUAACAAAAUAA